UUUUAUUAAUUCAUUACAGCGUUUACCUGAAGUACGUAGGGUAAUGACACAUUUUCUGUCAUAAUUUUCUGGUUUGGUUUUACCUUAGCAGUUACAAAACAACGCGGAUAUUUUAAUAUAAUGAUCAGAAAAAAUGUUUAAAAUGUUUUGGUUUUGAUCAGUUAACGUUAACCUUAAAAUCGAUCGGUCAUUUUGGCGAUUUGGCAUACACAAACCACACAACACAUAACGACAGUGGGUAGAAAGUGGUAGUGAUUUUCUUGGAUCACAGUGAAAAUGUCACGGAUAGUGAGAACCGUGAGAGCUUUCCUCAUCCCGCAAUCUCGAAACGUCAGUGCUGUCAGCUCGUCAGCUGAUUCACAUUCUUCCUGCAGUUGAAUCGAUAAAUCAAAACAAAGUGAAACAAAAGGAGAAUUUUGAAAAGUCUACAUCUGCAUAGAUAUCAAAAUGAAUAUGGAUAUGAUAAAUAUGAAAAAAAUCGUGAAAGAUGCUGGAGCUGCACUCAGUAGAGUGGUUCAGUUAACUGAAGAGAAACUGGGUACUUCCGAAAAAACUGAGCUAGAUGGUCACUUUGAGAAUCUUUGGGAGAGAGCAGAUAACACAAAAAACUAUACUGAGAAAAUUGUCAGGAAUGCAGAGGCUGUGCUUAUACCCAACCCAGGAAACAGAAUUGAAGAUUAUAUCUAUGAGAAGAUAGAAAAGAAAAGACCUUCCAGGCUUAGUAACCUGGAGUACCUGGGCUUGGAUAUGAUUGAAGCAGGAAGUGCCUUUGGGCCUGGAACUGCUUAUGGCAGUGCAUUAAUUAAAGUGGGACAGUGGGAGCAAAAGCUUGGACAGACUGAAAGAGAUUUUAUUGGGUCUGCAGGAAUGUGCUUUACUCAGCCUCUGAGGAAGUUUUUGGAUACAGAAAUGAGAACAAUUAUUAAAGAAAAGAAUCUUUUGGAAACAAAAAGGUUGGAUCUGGAUGCAUGUAAGAACAGAGUCAGGAAAGCCAGGAGUAUGUUGGGACAACCCUCAAAGGAUGGAGUAUCACCUGAGGUUUCCUUAGAACAGGCUGAACGAGACCUCAGAAUAGCCCAAUCAGAGUUCGAUAGGCAAGCGGAAAUUACGAAACUUUUGUUAGAGGGCGUGAGCAGCUCUCAUGCGGCGCAUUUGAGGUGUUUACAUGAAUUCGUGGAUGCCCAAGCUAGGUUUUAUGCCCAAUGUACUACCAUCAUGACUGAUCUGCAACGAGAACUGGCCAGCAUGUCGAAUCACCCCUCCACUGCACACGAUUCGCAACACAAUGACACUGAAAGGUCACAAAACGAGAACAUGCUAAAGGCGAAGGUGUUAUACGAUUAUGAACGACACGAUGAUACGGAACUUACCCUGAGCGCUAAUGAGAUAAUAUUUGUGAAGGAUUUCAAAGAUAACGACUAUUAUAUUGGGAAAAGAGGCGUUGAGGAAGGAAAAGUACCUAAGGCAUUCGUGGAAAUUCUUACGUAAGCAAAAGUACAUGGGCCUACACGAUUUCAAGUUUAUAAAGUUUCAUGCACUCUCUUGUCUUCUCGUUCUAUAAUGUACCUAAUCCACAUUCCUAACCAGUCGAUUUUAAAUAAUAGUAUUAGUGUUGUAAAAUGUUACGUUAUGGAAACAUUUCCAUGAAAUUGCCAUUAAAUUUGAUGGAGCGAAAUAAUAAAAGCUUGUUCUGAAUGGAGUAGGAUUCCAUCUCGAAAUUUCCAUCAUUUGUGCACAGCUUUGGAUUUUUUGAUAAGGUGGGAAGUAUUAUCUGCCCAGAGAAAGAAUGCGAGAGGAGAAACGAUGAAGGGUGCGACAGAAACUGGCAGGUGGGUCAGAUCCUCCUAGGCUAAAGAUGAUUGGCUCCUGUGAGGUAUUUAGUAGUACCCACUAACAGCCUUCCGAUCAGCAUUAACCAUUCAGUGUUCUCACACAAGACAACUUAGAAGUUCAUUUGGGACUAGUGUUCACGACUCCAGACAAUUUUAAUUAAAUAUUUAAAUUUCCAUGCCAAUGAAGUUGAUUUAAACGCUCGUUUCUGGCGCGCUCCGCAGUGACGUAAUAACCCUCGACAUGCCAUUUGUUUGUCUUAUUGGUUAAUUUGCUGACGGGUUUCCAAAGGUUCUGUUUUAGAUAUUCUAGUUUUAAUAAAAAACAAAACAAUACGGAAGGCACAGGAUAUGUUUGAAGUAUUCGAGAAAGCUGUAAAAAUAACCCGAUAAAAAACUGUAUUCUUUCUAGCUGACAUGUCAUUGAAUGAUAGUGAGAACAAAGGCCUGAAAUUUCAAAUUGGACUGACGAGUCAACAAACGGUUGGCUGAAUCGCAAAUCGUGACGUCACGCCAAUAGCGCUGCAUUUCGAUAUCUUAAAUUUGCUGUUUUAUUCGUUUUUUCAUUAAUACUCGUAAUUUUAUGGCUAACAAGUAUAAAGUAAGGUUGAAGGUGUCAUUUUUGAGAGUGAUUAACCGAUAUUCAAAUUACUUGCAUAUUCCCUAUUGUUUAUGACACUUGGAAAAUUGUUUUCAUGCGUUCAGUAAUAUGAAUCAAUAUUAAUAUUGACAUAUCAAAAACUGUAUUCCAUGCACACGCUAUUGCUCGCUCGCAUUCCUUUGCCUUGCAUUCUCUCGCUGAGCAGAAUACUAUAGACGUCAAUCAUGUCCCCCAAUAUGUUCUAAAGAACAAAUACGUUCAGUAGAACUUUUCUCCAAAGUGUAAACAUGUAUCUGCCAUCUCAAAAUGUGUAAAGAUGUAUUUGAGUUGCGAUUUUCAGUCACUAUCAAAUCAAGUUCACCUAAAAUAAAAAAAUUAGUUGCUCCGGCUUUGAAAUAAUUAUAUUUAAUUUUAAUUCUUCGUUUCAAGAAUCUCUACAUUCCUCUUGACGUAAGUUCAUGUGUAAAAGACGUUUUAGACGUAAUCUGUAUUCUAUUUACAACUUAUUAUUUAUUAUAACUACAUUAAAUGUAAUAAUUGUUAUAAUCGAUUAAUAUUGUUGAACAAAAUAUAUGAAUUUUAUUUUUGUUGUAUAUUUUUUUGUUAAUCUUGCCAAUGUUUGUCACCAGAGAAUUGUGCUUGGUGCAACAUCUAUGGUCAAUUUGUUGAAGCAGUGCAAUUUAUAUAAAAUACAUGAUAGUGAUAAGUAAUUUUAAAUAUAAUAUACCAGCGAGCUUUCUGAAAUAAUAUUUUGUUGACUGCUCAAUAAAAAUAUGUUGAGAAAUA